AUGAGCAACAAACAAAAAGGCGAACCAAUCGUUCGGGGGGGGUGGGGGGGGGGUGGAGGGGUGGGGGGGUGUCGGGGGCAAGGGUGGGGGGCGGGGGGGGGGAGGGGGGGGGGGGGGGGGGUGGGGGGGUGGGGGGCACUGUGUGGAACUGACAUGUUCU